GAGUUCAGUAACGCAAAUCACAGAACCGAGGGCAGAAGUCGACAACACACCUGGAAAACGUUCUAAAAAAUAUUAAUUAAACGAAAUAAAAACCCAUGGAGCUGCAUUCAAGAUUGCUGCUGAUUGCCGGCCUACUGAUGUUGAGCUGGCAUUGGGCGGCCGGCGUGCCCAGGAGUCCACCAGUGGAUAUAGUUCCGACAACAACGCAUCAGGAAAAUCUCAACAAUACUACUGAUUUUAAUACGUCGGAUGUAUUCGUGCAAAGCAUUUUCGAGAUAAAUCCGACAUGUCGACCUGGUUAUAUACUUGUGGGCAGAAGGUGCCAUAAAAUGGCCUAAAGUGCUAUAAAUGUCAGAGGUGAACGUGUCUACUAAAAGUAAACAACAAAUAAACGAUCGAAUAUGAACGAUUUUUGGCAAACUUCCAAAAACAAGUAAAUUGUCUUAAUAAUCAAAGUAAUAAAAGUGUCAGUGAAAAACGUG